AUGCCUCCAGCGUUAAGGAUCACCUCGGACGCAUCAGCUCAACAAGAACAACAUCCAGUAAAUCACCAUGCAAAAUUCCGUUCACCAUUACUUAAACUUAUUAGAAUAUUAUACCCAACUUCAGAAAAUUUACAAAUCAAGUUGGUUGAACCCGUCCUUUACUUUAGAGGAGAUUCUGAUGAGUCUGUAGGAAGUUUUCUCAGAGGUGAAUUAAUAUUAAAUUUAUCUAAACCGACGAAAAUUCGUAAACUUGAAAUGAGAUUUACUGGAACAUUGAAAACUUUUUGGCCCGAGGGGAAACUUAAUUAUGGAUCAAGUGCAAAUCGAAAUGAAUUAUGUGAGAAACAAGAAAUAAUGACACAUGGCUGGACGUUCGUUUCACCACCUACUUCAUCACCCGAAACGCCACGUCCUUUACCGUUAAGUUCAACUUCAGGUCCAUAUCGAUUCAGUGUCAUCGGUUCCAGCCCUUCAAAUACUUCAACCCCAAGAUUUCACUUAAUCCCUGCCGGAAUACAUAAAUAUCCAUUUGAACUAUUCGUACCGGGUACCGUACCCGAAACUAUCGAGACAGUUCGUGGUACAGUGAAUUAUAAAAUAAGCGCUGCGGCGGUUCGAUCCGGUUUAUACCCAAAGUUACGCGACUCUCAACGCGUACCUAUAAUUAGAACCAUCCUUGAAGAAAGAAAUUCUGAAGGAAUUGCCAUCGCGAGUGGUUGGAACGAUCAAUUAGAUUAUGAAAUUACCAUUCCUAAGAGGGCUUAUCCCAUGGGUGAUUCCAUUGAAAUUGAUCUGAAAUUAACCCCUCUGGUGAAAAAAAUGCAAAUCGUCGGGGUGAAAAUACAAAUCGAUGAAGAAUCCGUUUAUAAAGCGAAAGGUCAAACAAAUAUUGAAUUAAGUAAUUUGUCAUUAUAUAAAGAUGAGAAUUUCUGUGGUCAGGAAGGGAAUGAUCUCGUGAAUUUAUUUUAUCAUAAAAACAUUUCGCUUCCUAUCCCAAAAUGUACAAAACACAUACAUUGUUCGUGUGAAACUACUUCGAUUAAAAUUUCACAUCUUCUUAAAUUCGCUUUCAAGAUAAAAUGUGCAGAGGAUUUACCCCAAUACGCAGAUGAAGUUUAUUUCGAUCACUAUCGUCUUGAUGAUGAUAAUGAUAAUAAUUCUUCACGACAUUAUACUUGUGCUUCCCCGGAUAUAGAAGGUUUUAAUCAUAACUCCCCUUUUUAUGAAUUUCCACCAUCUUAUGACAAUAGAUUGCGAAUGCAAAUCACUCAAAAAUAG